UGGGGCAGACGAGUUUCCUCCAUUGCAGCCGCAAAAGGGGCUACAGAUACGGAGGAGAGAACGAUAUAUAUUCAGUAACGACAAGCAGUGCGACAGAGUGCGCGGUAUGGUGUUUAAAGCGGUCCGUGUGCCAGGCGUUCAACUUCAAACCAUCAGCCCGCCUGUGUCAACCGUAUUUAGGCUUUAAUGCAAGUGAUUACACCUAUGGUAUUUUGAUGGAUUCGGAGUGGGACCUGUGGGUGUCUAAGAUUGUAUCAGACAAAAAUGGCUUCACAGCCCCAAUCAACUUGGCUGCGAAUCCUUCCUUUGAAACUGGGACGACUGACUUCUAUCAACCAUUCUACACCUCCUUCACUCCGACCAACACGAUGGCCCACACUGGGCAGUGGUCAGCAAGGGUUAACUGUUCAGGGACCGGUGGGGUGAGACAGAAGGUGACGUUCCCGAGCGGAACUAGAUUCCUCACAGCUUCCUUGUGGAGUUUCGCUAACGGCGUUACCUUGCAAGAAUCAAACGACUUCUCUCUCUAUGUGGACCUUUGGCUCAGCAAUGGCACUUGGGUGUGGCAAAACACCGCCAGCUUCACCCCCGGGACUUCUGCCGCGUGGGAACAGCGCGUGGUGACGGUCACCUCUGAAGUGGACAUGGACUAUGCUCUGGUCCAUGGCUUGUGUAGACGUCGGUCUGGGGAGGCAUUCUUUGAUGACAUGGUAGUCACUGCUAGUCCUUAAGGUCCGUCCGGAAAACACGCUUAGAAAUGAACAUGCUAUUCCAAUUUUGCGAGUUUAAAAUAUGUUUGGAGUGUCAGGAACGCCAAAUGUCCCAAAGUGAAUACUGCUCAGAAGUCAAACAAGUCCCU